AUGGCACCGAUCUACGUUCUUGACAACAACUACCUCGCAAUCACCUUCCUGAUCUCGCUGGCCAUCCAAUCCUUGGCGUUCAUAGUCUCCUACACCCUUCAAUUCGACAAGAUAACCGACUUCUCCGGCGGCUCCAAUUUCUUCAUCUUGGCUCUCAUCACGCUCAUCUAUGGCCAAACCUUCGAAUCGCGUAAUUGGAUCGCUUCUCUGGCUGUCAUGUUCUGGUCGAUUCGUUUGGCUGGGUUCUUAUUGUUCAGGGUCCUUAAACGCGGUAAGGACGAUAGAUUCGAUGAGAUGCGUUCCAACUUUUUCCGGUUCGGGGCCUUUUGGAUCUUCCAAUUACUCUGGGUAUGGAUCGUAUCACUGCCGGUCACCGUCCUCAACUCGCCCAACAUCUCUGCCACUGCACCUGCCCGAAUCCCAUUUGGAAGCGGAUCAGAUGUCGUUGGUUUGAUAUUCUUUAUCGCUGGGAUGCUGCUCGAAACUCUAGGCGAUUUGCAAAAGUACCAGUGGAAGGCUCGGUCCAAAGAAGAGGGCGGAUUGCCCGUCUGUAGAGCCGGAGUAUGGAAAUGGUCUAGACAUCCGAACUACUUUGGUGAGAUUUUGUUAUGGUGGGGCAUCUGGUUAAUGAGCAUUGAAUCCGCCAACAACCCAGGAGUUGAAGAUUCUCCAAGACGGUUACUACAUGCAACAGUACUCUCGCCAAUCUUUAUUACGAUCCUACUAUUGUUUCUCUCGGGUCUGCCGACAGCUGAAAAACCAGUCCAACAGAGUGUAUUCGUCAAGUCGUAUAAAUCUAAACUAGAUAAAACUCUCACUCAACCAUCUCCUCAGCCUGACGAAGACGUCCACCAUCAAGAAGGAGAAGAAGAUCAUUGGGAGCAAUAUAAACUCUAUCUAGAUCAAACUUCAAUCUUAUUCCCGAUCCCUAGCAGAUUGUACCAAAAGAUCCCGAAAGCACUCAAGACUACUCUAUUGUUAGAUUGGAGCAUAUACAGAUUCGACGAGAAGAGUCCCGAAGCCCAAAACCUGAUCAAGGAAAUCUCUGAAGACCAUCAAGCUUGA